AUGCGCGAACCUCUCAAUAAAACUCGACUAGGCUUUGCCGCAGUCGCCACUGGUCGAGGGGACGACAGUCGCACUAUUUUCACGUGCACCACAUUUACGUUUGUACACGACACCAAAUUACGUUUGGCCACUUCGUCUGCAAACAUGCAGGAAAAUGACGCGCUGUCCGAGUACGAAGAAGAAGCUGUUCGCCAGCCAUUCGCUGUACAGACGUGGACCUCGUACCUUGCUGCACUGUCGGACGCUCCCGUUACUACUCGGUAUACGGUAUACGAGCGUGGCUUACAAUCCCUUCCACGCAGCUACAAACUCUGGAAAAUGUAUCUCGAUGACAUGCACGGUGUCCAAGUGCGCGGACAGCGCGUGGACUCGUCUCUGUACGCACAACUCGUGGCGCUGUACGAGCGCGCACUGGCGCAACUUUCUACCAUGCCGAGACUGUGGCUGGACUAUCUGAGUGUGUUACAAGAGAUGCACGUGGUGACAGCACGUCGCCAUGUGUUUGACAGAGCGCUCCGGGCGCUGCCCAUUACUCAGCACCAUCGUGCAUGGGCACUGUACUUGGCGUUUGUCAAGGAGAUUGGCGUGCCGCGGACCGCAGUGCGUGUGUACAAGAGGUACUUGAUGCUGGAACCGUCAAAACGCGGAGAGCUCGUCGACUAUCUCGUGUCGGUGGAGCUCUAUGGAGAGGCGAGCUUACAGCUUGUGACGCUUAUUGAGACGUCGCAGGAGAAAGAGAUGAGCACGGACCGGACACCGCACAGUAUGUGGAUGCAGCUUUGUGACAUGGUAUCGCAGCAUCCAACGCGUGUGGCAAAGUCGCUGGACGUAGAAGCAAUCUUGCGUAGUGGAAUGGCCCAGUUCCGUGAUGAAGCAGGACGACUUUGGUGCUCGUUGGCGACGUAUUUUGUUCGACUUGGGAUGUUUGAAUCGGCGCGAGAUGUGUACGAAGAGGGAAUAUGCACGGUGCUUACUGUUCGUGACUUCAGUAUGAUCUUUGACGCUUACGUGAAGUUUAUUGAGGCUAUGCUUACCGCCGAGAUGGCUUUGGCAGCUGAAGAAAAUGAAGAAGAUGAAGAGGAUGAUACGGACAUGGAUGACGAUCGGAUAGACCACCAAGCGCAGGUGGACCGAUUGCUGAAGAUUUAUGAAGAUGUGGCUGAACGACGACCUCUGCUACUUAACUCGGUUCUCUUGCGACAAAACCCGCACAACGUGCGGGAAUGGGAAAAACGUAUCGGGCUGGUCAAGUCCGACCUACCGAAAGCUAUUCGCACGUACGCUGAGGCCGUACAAACGGUUGACCCGACCAAGUCAGGUGGCCGAUUGCCAACGCUCUGGAUCCAGUUCGCCAAAUUUUAUGAGAAGCAUGGGGACUUGACUAAUGCGCGUGUGAUCUUCGGGAAGGCUGUUAGCGUAGAUUGGUCCAAUCCACAAGAACUCGCGGCUGUGUACUGUGAAUGGACGGAACUAGAGCUUCGACACGAAAAUUUUGACACGGCGCUUGAAAUCGUGCGGAACGCCUGCGCCGUUCCAGCCUCACAUACUAUUCGCGUACGCAAACAGCAGGCACUGACAACCAAGGACACUGUGCAUCUCAGUGUGAAGUUGUGGACAUUGCGCUUAGACAUGGAGGAGAGUCUUGGUGACCUCGAGUCGACUCGUGCUGCAUAUGAUGCAGUCUUUGAGCUCAGAAUCAUUACGCCUCAGAUGGUACUAAACUUCGCGGCAUACUUGGAGGAAAAUAAGUACUUUGAGGAGUCAUUUCGCGUAUACGAGCGCGGCUUGGCGCUGUUUCCGAAGUUUCCGCAUGCUGGGGUUCUGUGGGAGACUUACCUGACCAAGUUUGUGGAACGGUACGCUGGUGCGAAGAUAGAGCGCACUCGUGAUUUGUACGAGCAAGCCAUCUGUGCUGCCCCGGCCAAGUCUGUUUAUCGAUUCUACGACAAGUUUGCCGAUUUUGAGGAGCAGCACGGCAUGCUGCGCAAUGUGAUGACUAUUUACGAGCGUGCGUCCGACGCAGUGCCUGAUGACGACAAGCUUGCCCUGUAUGAUAAAUACAUCAAGAAGGCCCAAAAGUUUUUCGGUGUGGCGAAGGUACGAGAUGUUUACAAAAGUGGUGUCGCGAAACUGCCGGACAAGUGCGUUCCGCAUUUGUGUCUGAAGUUUGCACAAAUGGAGACAAAACUGGGCGAAAUUGACCGCGCACGAGCUAUCUACGCCCAUGCGUCGCAAUUCUGCGACCCUCGACUGUAUGAAACGUCGUUUUGGAAGGUGUGGCAUGAGUUUGAGGUAUCGCACGGUUCUGAGCACACGUUCCUUGAAAUGCUGCGCAUCAAGCGCUCGGUGGUGGCCCAGUAUUCUCAAGUAAACUAUGUCGCAUCAGAAAUUCCUGCUCAUGAUGGAAAGUCGUCAAAAAUUGCAGGGAUGGUUGCAGCUUCGAUACCCGUUUCUGCCAUUCCCGGUGAUGCUAUGGCCGCGUUGGAAGCGCAACUUGAUGUGCCCGCUGCCGAACUGGAUGCUGGGAAGAAAAGGAAAGUGGAGACAUCGGAAUCUGAAAUGGAACGGAAUGUGCGGCAGAAGCAGGUCGUGGAGAUCGCAAAUGAAGAAGAGAUUGAUUUGGAUGAUGAAGGGAGUGACGAUGAAGGUCGGACGGAAAUAGUAGCUGGAGGAUCCGAAACCGUUGAGCACGAGCUUCCGUCAACGUUGCUCGGUAGCAGUGUCAAAGCUUAG